UCUAAGUUGCUUUAGAGAAGAGUCAGCUAAAUGAAUAAAUGUAAUGUUCAAAUUGAACUGGUAAUUUCUCUCCUGAACAUUUUCGGUUUAAUUUGCAAAUUGAAUUGUGUUCAAAACGGCAGGGAAAUUGCAGCCGUGGAGGGCGAGACAAGUGCACGUUCCCUGCGUUCGCGUUCAGGCAAUGAAGGCACGCACCGCGCAUUCUGUAAAUCCGGUGGAACGGUGACGGGUCGGCUCGUUGGAAGGCCGGGCCUCUGACGCGCAGCACGCCUUGUUGCUCGUCAAGUGCCGAGGGAGGGGCAGGCACCUGUGACUGUGUAUCCUGAAAGGCGUUGCCUGGGACAGGUUGAUAUGAGCAAACUGCCACAGCUGCUGUUUGCGCUCUCGGCCCCUCCCAUGUGACGGCCUUUUCCCAGCGAGUUCAACAGAGAUUGCGCAGGAAUUGUCGAGAAGCUUAUGACCGAGUCUCCUUGAAAUGAAGAGGCGCUGGUUUUGGCGGUUCCCUUCUGUUACCGCCCAAUGUGUGAAAUAAUGCUGCUUUUGUGGAAGUAAAGCAGCAUUAGGGAAGCUUCAAUAUAUAGUGUGUGACAGCCGUUUUUCUGGACGCUAAUAACAGCCAUUAUUUGCACUAGAAAUGCAAGUUAAACUUUCUGAGAAUAUGAAAUAAAGCCUGAUGACUAGCUAUUAAUGUUGCAUUAAAUGAGGAUGUUUCUAAUAAGGAAAUUCAUCUUACGAGUGUACUGUUUCCUCCUACAAAGGUUCCCUGCAUCUGACACCCUUCUGGAGCGAUGCGUUUGCUGCUGCGCCGUCGCAUUUCUCCCCUGAAGCUGGUGGUGCUGGGGGGGGCCCUCUUCAUGGUGGUGCUGGUGAUGCUGCAGCGAGACGUGGGAGCCGGGAACUCCCCGGAGCCUUGGUUUCGGGACUUGGUCGAAAGGAAGGAACGUGUAAUGGGGAUGGUCCGCGGCGCUGUCAAUAACUUGGCUUUCCAGAUCGGUGCCCCGCAGCCUUUGCCCUCUGAGGUUCAGCCCACACCUGACCGCCUCUGCCCCUCAGGCUUCUACACGCAAGCGGAGCUGAAGCCUCACUUGGAGAGGCCACCCCAGGAUCCCCAGGGACCUGGAGCUGAUGGCAGAGCCUUCCCAUCAGUCCCGCUCUCCCAAAAUGAGGAGAAGGAAAAGCAAGAAGGCAUGACCAGACACUGCUUUAAUCAGUUUGCCAGUGACCGCAUUUCCCUACAUCGAAGCCUCGGUGAAGACACGCGUCCCCCAGAGUGUGUAGAGCGCAAAUUCCGCCGAUGCCCCCCUCUUCCCACAACCAGCGUGAUCAUAGUCUUCCACAACGAGGCCUGGUCUACUCUCCUGCGCACGGUCUACAGCGUCCUGCACACAGCGCCUGCUGUCCUCCUCAAAGAGAUCAUUCUCGUGGAUGAUGCAAGUACAGCAGACCACCUGAAGCACAGGCUGGAGGAGUACGUGCGGGAGCUGAAGAUAGUCCGUGUGGUCCGACAGCCAGAACGAAAGGGUCUGAUCACAGCCAGGCUGCUGGGAGCCAAGGAGGCCCAUGCGGACGUGCUUACCUUCCUGGAUGCCCACUGUGAGUGUUUCCAUGGUUGGCUGGAGUCUCUGCUGGCCCGCAUUGUGGAGGAGCCCACAGCUGUGGUGAGCCCUGAGAUCACCACAAUUGACCUGAACACCUUUCAGUUCAACAAGCCGGUAGCCACGGUCCGUGCCCACAACCGUGGAAACUUUGAUUGGAGCCUUACCUUUGGCUGGGAGGGCAUCCCUGAGCAUGAGAGGCAGAGGCGCAAGGAUGAAACCUACCCAGUGAAGUCUCCCACCUUUGCUGGAGGUCUCUUUUCGAUUUCCAAGUCCUACUUUGAGAAAAUUGGGACCUAUGAUGACAAAAUGGAAAUAUGGGGGGGCGAGAAUGUGGAGAUGUCGUUCAGGGUAUGGCAGUGUGGAGGGCAGUUGGAGAUCAUCCCGUGCUCUGUGGUAGGGCACGUUUUCCGCACAAAGAGUCCCCACACCUUCCCUAAAGGUACAGAGGUCAUCACACGCAAUCAGGUUCGCCUGGCUGAGGUCUGGAUGGAUGACUACAAACAGAUAUUCUAUAGACGGAACAGGAAUGCUGCCAUCAUGGCUAAAGAGAAAUCCUAUGGAGAUAUUUCCGAUCGCUUGAAGCUGAGGGAGCAAUUGCAGUGUAAAAACUUCUCCUGGUACCUUGAUAACAUCUACCCUGAAGCCUUCGUCCCAGACUUGACCCCUGUCAAAUAUGGAGCGAUCAAAAAUUCAGGCUCUCAGAGCUGUCUGGAUGUGGGAGAAAAUAACCAAGGAGGGAAGCCACUCAUCAUGUAUACCUGCCACAACAUGGGUGGAAACCAGUACUUUGAGUACACGUCUCAUAAGGAGCUGCGGCACAACAUUGGAAAGCAGCUGUGUCUGCAGGCAGACCUGGAGCCAGAGCCUGUCAAGAUUGAGCUCUGUUCACUGAAGGGCCGGGGGUCCUUUGUCGCACCCAGUCAAAUAUGGGAGUUCACAGAGGACAAUCUCCUGAAGAACCCACCUUCAGGGAAGUGCCUAGCCUUGAAAGAGAGGCAGAUACAGAUGACUCGCUGUGACCCAACUGACCUAAAGCAACACUGGGGUUUCACCUGACCAGGCAGGUGGGCCAAUGAGGGGGGAAUCGCUGAGGAAGUUCUCUCCCUGUAGACUCCUGGUGGGGGUGUGGGGUACUCUUGGCCCUUGCCACUGCUAACAUGGACAGUUGGCAGAGCACUAGAAACCCCAGUGGGGUGGAAUCAUUUUCUGAAUUGGAGCCACAGCAGGAGUGCAAUUAACUAAAGCAGUUCUGGAACACUGGUUACCCUUUUUACAUUUUUUAAGCUUUUAUGGUGGAAUAUUCUGGGAGAAGGGUAGAACUUGGAUGGAGACUGGUCUUGUACAACUGUGCACAAAGAAAAAGCCUUUUUUUUUUUUUUAACAGUUUUUAAAGUAUCACUUUUAUUCAGUUUAACAUCAGAGUAAAGGAAUGGGGGAAAUGUUGACACCUGUUUCUGUAACAGUCUCCAUUUCUUCUGGAAAAAUAAACCCAUUUUCUCCCCCUUCA